AUGUCCCGGGUUUGCCGAGCAACUCUAGCUUCCAGUACCGUCAUGAUUGCACAGCAGAUCGAUGGAAUCAACAACGUUGCAUUAUACUGGUCGCCAAUCUUCUACGAUGCAGGUUUUGGCACCCUCCAAGCACUUCUCGUCUCGUGGGGCUAUGGUCUUGACAACUUCGUCUUCGCCCAGCCCGCGAUCUGGACCAUUGACACAUACGGGUGGCGCACGCUUCUGCCGUUCACGCUCGACGAACAGAGCCCCGUUUUGGACUUGUCGCCCUUUUCGUCCAUCUACUUUCCGCCUUUCAAUCCGCCUGGUGAGGGGCCAAUGCCAAUUACGUACUCUGCCGAAGUGUUUCGGUUGUCUCACAAAGAGCUACGGCGGGCACUGCAGGUGCGUUUGGAUUCUACGCUUACAACCAACCUCGAAGAUGAGCUCGACGAGGCGGCAACCUACCCGCGUCAGCAAGGCAUGCGACCGCUGCCGGAGGCAGAAGCAGAGAUGCGAUUUCUUCCGGCCAUGCUCGAUAUGUACUCGGAUGAGGGUAGAAUGUACCGCCAACGAAGACGGAAAUCUUCUGCCCCAACGACGGAACUCAUUGCGGCGAGUGUGGCAGAAGAACUCAAACUCAACACGGUGACUUGCCCCGAAAACGUACCUCCUUCAACAAGAAGUGUAUGCUUCUCAGAUGCUCCCAACGACAUCCAUCAGGAUCCUCAUCCAAGUGGGAACCCGGUUACAGAUCCUUCCCGAGUUGAGUUUGUCUCCGACGAGUCAGGUACGUCAUGGCAUGUCCUUGAGAGAACAACGAGCCACGGCUCUCGAGACGUUUCUUCGCAAUCCCCAAGACCAGCUCUGGCAGACUUCGGAUAUGCUGAGUCUGCGAUCCUUGAACUUCGAAAUUCUCACACGUCUGUACGUGCGACAUACGCAAUCCCCGGUGGAGAGUCCUUUGUGCAGCACAACCAACCUCUGAAUCCUCCUUGUCUCGUUCCUGUCCGGGAUUUGAUUGGCUUCGAUCUGCCUGAUGCACAGAUAUGUGAUGUUCUUGUUGAGACUUACUUCUUCGCUGUCCACUGGUUUUCCCUCGUCAUCUAUGAGCCGAAAUUCCGAGCACAAUAUCAACGGAUCAUCACAACCGGCUACGCGAGUCGUUCGGAGUAUGGCUUCCUUCUUCUCUUGCUCAUGGUGCUCUCUCUCGGAUGUUGGUACGGCCCAAUACCAGGACAGAACACGUCGGAUGGCACUGCUGAACUUGGUCGGAUGCACGAAAUGUUCCUAAAGAAAGUGCGCGAGCAGUUCAUGGACAUCAUGGACGAGGAUAGUCUAGAGUACGUGCAGCUGUGUACCCUGCUGGGAUCAUUCUACCUCUAUCAUGGUCGUCCACGAUCCUCUUUCUCAAUCCUGGGUGCUGCCACAAAGAGUGCCCAGGCCAUGGGCCUGCAUCGCGAUUCGGGUUCCAAGUUUCCGGAAGACAUUACUGAGGAACGGAAACGUCUUUGGUGGACAAUAUACACGUGGGACAGGUUCGCCACGAUCGUAUAUGGGAGACCGCUCAGCAUCAACGACCAAGACUGCAACGUGCUUCAGCCCGCCGAGGUGAUUGAGAAUAUUCACUUUGAUCGAACACUUGGUCCGGAACGGAUCUGUCUUUCUAUCUACCAAGCACAACUCAACGAAGUGUACAAAAUAGCAUCUCCCAUAAUCGAGAACAUCUAUGGCAUCAGAACAUCGACGGAUCUUCGGAUACGCUCUAUGCUCCCUGAGAUGAUCACGCAAGCCAGUCACCAGAUGCGCGAGUGGCAGAACAACCUGCCACCCUACCUUGCUCUCGACAAGAUGAAUGACAUUUCGCCGUCCUGUUCGACCUCAGAGAAAAUGCACCGAUUGCAAGCGCUGUCAUUGCAGCUCACUUAUGACAAUCUCAUGAUAAUUAUUCACAGACCUUUGCUUGCGGAUCAGAGAGCCAGUCUUACCAAAUUCCGGGAGCGCGCCCAAGGCCAGGCAAGACCCAGCGAAGUCCCCCCGGAGCUCCAUUUCCCAACCGCCAACGAGGAUUCGAACUUCAAGGAAUGCCUCGACUCCGCUCUGCGCGUUUCCAGGGUCCAAAAUAAACCCGAACUGAUGAAACUUGCAGCAGAAACCCAUCUGGUUGCCUUUCUAGGUAUGAAUUUGUUCACCUCCUCUGUAGUGAUGUCGGUGUGUGCUCUCUCGGAUCCUCUUUCAGAUACUGCGCAAGAAGCAAAACGAGGCAUAACGAGGACUCUGCUGGUUCAGAAGUCUCUUUCAAGGCGGACAUCCUUGUCGAUGCAGAGCAGUGUGAUCCUCGAGGAUAUUGUACAGCUGAUACUGGAAAGAGAGAGAGAAGAGAUGCUACGAAGUGCUCAGUCCGGUCUCAUACACCCUCAACUAAACACCCUACAGCAACAUCAUGACCAGUCCCUCCAGGGAACUCCUACUAGUGUCUACGGUAACGAGAUGGGCACUUCGCCAGGUUCCUAUCCGACGCAGAUGGUUGCUGGAAAUGGAAUCAAUGUUGAUUCUGGUGAUCAAGUGCUGAACAACAGUCUUAUCAGCCUUCAGCGAAUCAUCCAAGAAAGCUCUUACUCGAGGCAACAGAGGCCCGCCGAAUAUUUCUAUCGGCACAACAACUCUAUCAUGGCCCCAGAGAUGGGCUGUGAUACGGGGAGCAACGUCAGCGAAGAUGCCAUGCGGAGCAAUGACAUCGACACGUCGUGGAUGGAAGACCUUGGUCAGACCUGGUUAUGGAAUAUGGAGCCAUUCAGUUAG